AUGCAACGAUCUUUGUUCCCAUUCAUAUUAGUUCCUUUGACUUUAUUAAGCUGGCUAAGAGCCUAUCUUAUAUAUCAUGAGGCGGUUGCCGGUCUUUAUGGUGUUCAAGUAACGGACUAUUUCAAGAAUGAGUCGACCGAGUUGCCAACGUUUGAUAAUCUUACAAUUGAUGACCGACCGGAAAAUAUCUUCCAUUUCAUACAGGUAUCAGAUCUACACAUAUCCAAAUAUUAUAAACCUGGCGGUGCUUCUCAUUUUUUAUACUUUCUUUCCUCUGCGCUUCCUGUUGUUUCGCCCUCUUUUGUGCUUGUAACUGGUGAUUUAACCGAUGGAAAAGGACAAUAUAAUGGUAGAUCGCAUCAGAUAAUUGAUGAAUGGACAACAUAUCAAACUGCAUUACAAGAAUCUGGUGUUCUCAAUCGUACAAACUUUUGGUACGAUAUGCGUGGAAAUCACGAUUGUUUCAAUGUGGGCUCUUGGGAUAGUGACCAUAACCUAUACAGAUUAUACAGCGUUGUAAAGAAAAGAGGUUUUGAUUUUACGGUAGAAAAAAACUUUGGUCGAUAUAGGUUCAUUGGAAUUGAUGCAUGCCCAAAAUCUGGCCCUUCAAGACCUUAUAAUUUUUUUGGCUAUUAUGAGAUCAAUGAUAUGGAUCGACUAUCUGAAAAGUUAUUAGAUUCGUCUAUAAAAUCGAAUCAUACUUUCUUGCUCGCUCACUAUCCUAAGGCUACAUUAUUAUAUGGAAGAACUUCUAAAGGUGAAACUUUUGAGGACUUAUCAAAUCAUAUCAGCGUUUACAUGUGUGGCCAUUUACAUAAACUCGCUAUUGGUCUUGGUGAUCACUUACAGAUAUAUCGACCUACUAAUUAUCUAGAGUUAGAACUAGGAGAUAUGAAAGUUAAUGCUAUUUAUCGUAUCUUAGCUAUUGACCAUGAUUUAGUCAGCUUUAUUGAUGUUCAAUUACCUCUACCCGAAAUUCCUCUAAGAACCCCUCCGCCACCGGCGGUUGGUUUUUCGAUUUUGCCUGAAAAAUUGUCCUAUCCACCGAUCAUAUUAAUUACUAACCCUAAAGGAUCCGCAUACAGUAUGAAAUAUCGUGAGCCUGUACAUAGAAUAAAAUAUAGUACACAUAUAAGAAUGUUAAUAUUUUCAGAUCAUAAUAUAGAUAAGAUUACCAUCUUUUUGGAUGGAAAGGUACAUGAUCAAGAUGUGAAUUAUAAGGGAAAUUCUAAGAAUGAUAAAGAAUAUUUACCCCUCUGGACUUCUCAAUGGGAUCCUUCGAACUUUGACGAUGAUAAAGAUCAUGUAAUUGUUGUCAAAGCCCUUGAUACUUCGGGUCAAGUAGGUGAGAGUAGGGUAAUCUUUCGUGUAGACGGUAAAAGGAGUAAUAUGAACGGUGGCAUUGGUGAAGUUUUAAUAGGUCUAGAUUGGGCCGCAGUGGCUCGAUUUGGCUAUAUGAUUUGUCAUGUAACACUCACAAUUUACAUGCUUGCUACGAAAUUAUACGUUACUUAUAACCCGGACCAUCCUUUGAUUGUUUCAUUUCAUGCUUCCAAAAAAACACUUACUCGAUCCUAUUUUCGUAACUUGGUACCAUCAUUACAACAAGGUGGUUAUGGCUUGUUCUGGUUAUACGGCAUACAAUUUUUCCGUAAUUUAAGGUGGCUACCAUUAGCCGAUACAUGGAGGCAUGGUGCAGCAGAUUUUGUCUUUUCAAUUAUGACUGUUAUAACAUGGUUUGUGAUUAUUACAGGUGAUAGGAGAUGGAGAACAAAAUGGCUAAUGUGGGGAAUUAUACUUUGGCUAUGGAGAGGAAUCGAACUAUAUAAACUGUCUCAGAUAUAUGGACAUUUCGUCUUUUGGGCAAAUAUACAAACAUUUUGGUGGCUCUUUUGGGGUUGGUAUGGAAUCUCAAAAGGAAUAGUAAGCUAA